AUUCGUAAAUGUCAAUCGUCGUUCGGUUUCGGCAUUCGUUCGUUGAUUCACAUCGACCGUUCAGUUAGCCGUGUCGACGUAUAAGUUUUAAUUUUUAAUAUCGGUUAAUUAUGUGAACCAUGACAUAAAAGUCUGAUGUUAUGUUUGAAAUAUGGUUUAGAUUAACGUGAAGUUACAUGAAACAUCUAGUUAUAAUGUUAUGAUAGUUUCAUUAUCAAGUGAUUAUCGACCUCAUUCGAGUGUUUAUGUUUAGUAAACGGGUAAGGGUUUAACAAAGUUUGUUUUGCAAACAGACAGUUUACCCGCAAUCAAAUUUUAGUCGGUGUGAACUAGAGAGAACUGAGUGUGGUGCUAUUAAAUCAGUUAUGUUCGUGAUAUGAAAUAGUAACGAUGGGCAAAAUGUGCAAAGUGGUGGUGUGUCUUUGUAUGGCGGUGUUGAGCUGGGGCGGCGCGGACGCGGAGAUUGGGCACAACAUGAAUAACAUCUCGCUCAGCAUGCUCGACGAAGUAACGGACGUGAUGGAUAUGGUGGAGGUGGUUUACUCGGAGCCAGUGAUCACCGCCAAGUACGUUGCCGAGCUGCAGUUCGAUAUGCGCGCUAUGGGCCCCCUCUACAACUCGACGCACAUCAUCAUCGACGCCAUCGCGGACAAGCAGGCAUAUCCAGAAGGCAUAGUGUCGGUGUCGGACGGGCACCUGUACGUGGCGCCGCUGAAGGACGAGUGGCGCCCGCUGCUGGCGCACUACGCGGGCCCCGUCGCCGUCAUCGUGGUCGCCGUGCUGCUCAUCGUGGUGCUGCCGCUGACCGGGCUGUUCUGGUGCUGCUGCUACUGGUGCCGCGUGGGCCGCCGGCGCCGCCCCUUCGACCGCAAGUACGACGCCUGCCUCAAGGGACUGCUCGCCAUCAUACUCAUCGCAUUGCUCACUCUCUUCUUGUUCGGCGUGGUGUGCGCGUUCGCGACGGAGGCGCAGGUGGAGACGGGCGCGGCCGAGCUGUCGCAGUCGCUGGACGCCGGCAUCAACGACACGCAGGAGUUCCUCAACGCCACGCAGGCGCAUGCGCGCUGGCUGCUCGUCAACAACUUCGACGAACUCAAAAUCAAACUUACUUCUAUGCUUUAUGGGAUCGGUGUGACGGCGUCAGUGAAGCUGGGCGAGUUCUCGCGCGCGGUGUCGGUGACGACGCUCAACAAGAUGGUGCAGCAACUGGACGAGGUGCAGGACAACCUGCGCACCGUGCACGUGCUCACUGCACAACUACGGCUCAAGGCGGACCAUCUCAACACAGGUCUCCGCAAGGUGAAGAACCAGUUGCUGCAGACCCUGGCCAAGUGUGACCAGCCCAAGUGCCGCGCCCUGCAGGACAAGUACAAGAUCGGCCAGCUGGACACCGAGAUACAGUACAGCCAGAUGCUCGACAAAUAUUUUCCAACUAUGCCGGACGUGACGGACCUGCUGGGCAACGUGACCGAGCUGCUGGACAGCGACAUCAAGGGCGAGGUGGCGGCCGGGCAGAAGGUGUUCAGCGACAUCCAGCGCGGCAUCCAGCGCUCCGUGGACAAGCACGUGCCCGAGGUGGUGGCCAACAUCGAGGAGCUGGGCCGCCAGCUGGCGCGCGCCGCCGACGACAUCUCGGCCAUGGCCGGCAACGCCAGCGCGCGCCUGGAGCAGGCGCGGGGCCCGGCCGCGGCGCCCGCGCGCCUGCACGCGCGCUGGGGCGGCUACCGGCGCGCCGCGGGGCUGGGCGCCGCCGCCGCGCUGCUGCUGGUCACGUGCCUGGCGGCCUGGGGCGUGCUCUGCGGCGUCUGCGGCAAGCGCCCCGACGUCUACGGCGCCAGCGACUGCUGCAACAAGGGCCACGGCUCGCGCAGCUUGCUCUGCGGCAUGGGCGCCAUGUUCGUGCUGGGCAGCGGAGUGACGCUGGUGCUGCUGGUGUACUUCGUGCUGGGCCUGGCCGCGCAGCGCUUCGUCUGCGACCCACUCACGGAGCCGCGCGACAACCGCUUGUUCUCGGACCUGGAGCAGGUGGUGGACCUGGAGGGCACGCUGUUCGGGAAACAUGAGGACCCGAACUUCAACAUGGCGUACGCGCUGGUGCGCUGCCACAAGAACGCCACGCUGUACUCAGCGCUGCAGCUGCACCGCCUGCUCAACGUGCCGGCGCGGCAGGCCGGGGUACGGGCGGAGGUCGCCACCCGCCUGCAGCGCCUGCAGCCGCUGCUGCCGCGCGGCGCGGCCGUGUCCAUCCUGCGGCCGGCCGCGCGCGACAAGCUGCGCCGCCUGGCCGACGCCGGCCUGUCCGACUUCCAGUUCGAGCGCAUCCUGGCGGCGCUGGAGACCAACAUGACGUCGCUGGCGCUGGACUCGCUGGCGCGCCAGCUCAACGCCACGGCGCGCAGCCUGCAGCAGCCGCUGUUCCAGGCCGAGGCCGCGUCGCUGCUGCGCGCCUCGGCCGCGCUGGCCGACCUGCUGCACGACGUGCUGGAGCCCAUGCUGCACGACUCCGCGCGACUCAAUAUCACCGCUACGAAGCUACGCGACGGGCUGAGGUUCAACCAUUCGUCCCUGAAGGACGCCGUCACGUACCUGAUGCACGAGACCAGCGAGGCCGAGGUGUUCCUCAACACGCAGGGACCCGAACGACUGCAGAACAUGACGGCGGAGCUGGGGCUGGCCGUGGCGCGCAAGCUGGAGCAGUACAUGUCGCGGCUGGAGGCGGGCGCCCGGCAGGACGUGGGGCGCUGCGGGCCGCUGUCGGGCGCCUACAACGCCACGCUGGGCGCCGCCUGCCGCAAGCUGCUGCUGCCGGCGCACGGCUACUGGCUGGCGCUGGCCUGGUGCCUGCUGCUGUUCGCGCCGCUGCUGGCCGUCAGCGGCCGGCUCGCGCGCCUGUACCGCCACGUCGACCCCUACCCCGGCCCGCUCGUCGAGGCCGAGUAUUUGUAUGACGCGUACGCGGACCGCGAUAACGUACCCCUUGCCAACGCAUACAAGGCAGAGAAGCGAAGCGGGCGCGAGCCCCGAGACGGGCGCGAGGCGCGCGAGGCGCGGGAGGCGCGCGACGGGCGCGGGCGGGGGCCGCGGGCCGCCGCGCCGCUCGACGCGCGCGCCGCCCGCCACGACGCCGCCCUGGCGCCGCCUCUCGACGCAUACCACGCGCGCAGAUAUAAUGAUAUGGCGCCAAAGCACUGGGAAGAAGGACCUCCCCGCUACCUCGGCUCUACUGAGUACGAGCGACCCCCACCAUACUACUAUCCCGGACCAAACCCGCGCGCCCGCUCGCUGCCGGGCCGCGGCCGCGGCUGCAGCUGGGCGCAGUACUUGGCGGACAGUCCCGGCGUGGCCCGCCGCAGUUCGUUGCGCGACAUGGACGUAGUCGCGGCGCAGCAGCCGGCGCGCAGGCCGCCCGGCUUCAGCUGGGCGGAGUACUUGCGGACUAGUCCAUCGACGCUACAAUCUACUGUAGGAGAGAGCAGCAGGGAGACGUUGUCCACUGAAGCUUCCACUUCGAGUAGAGAGCCCCCGCGGAAGUGGGCGGAGUACCUCGGCGUGGUCGGCCCAAGUCAGCCGAAACAGGUCAAUAAUGAGGUGAAGCCGGAGUCCAGCCGUGGCCAGCCGCAGCGUCCCCCCGGCGCCAGUAGCUGGGCCGAGUACUUGGCUGCUAGCCGAGCCGCGCCCCGGUUUGAUCGUAUACCGUCGGCCAGCGAGCAGCCCCCGGCGGCGUGGAGCUGGGCGCGGUACUUGCAGGCUAGCGAUAGACAGUAAAGUGGCGCUCACUGAGCUCGACGACGACCUGCUGAAGUACUGAGGCCGCGUGUCGCCGUGGCCGUAGUGGCGGACAACAUUAAGGUCUUCUUUAGACAUUAGAUAACAUUUUAUAGUUAAAGGCAAAACGAUUCACAAUUAUAUUGCAAUCUAUAGUACCCAUAUGUUAAAUAUAAACCUCAUAGAUUAUCAAUAUAACUCGAUUUAAUGAAAUAUCCGCCGCCAGCUAAUAUUUAGAAUUUACAUUCAGAAUUCCGAAUAAAAUUGUGUGUGCGAUAGGGCGACACGUACAAAAGCACCUUGUUCAAUACAUAGAGUAGAACUUGUGAUGAACAAUCUAAAUGGUAUUAGUACGUAGUAGUAAUCGAGUACUAUAUAUGUGACGGAGGUAGUCUGUGUGAAGCUGCGGGUCGCUGCUCAUUAUUGUAAUUACGUCGGCUCAAGGUGAAUACGUUGGAAGCGAUCUCAUGGUCGUGUUGGCUUUAAAUCAUUUACAAAAUUAUAAUCCUUUAUGUGUUGUUGAACGCGGAUCAGAAGACCGCACAAAAUGUGUUUGAGUUUAAAAUCUAAGAGAUUCAAUUUUAAGUUAGAAUUUACGUAAUACUAUUUAAUAUAUUUUAUAAUGUGUAGAUAAUUAAGUUGUCUCGUGUUUUAUUCACUUACUAUACUUCAAGUGACGUACGUGAUAAGACGGAAUUCGUCUGAAAAUGUAGUAGGAGGUGACGCGUCUUGCAUUUAUAUUAGUAUUGAGUAGUACCGGCGGCCGUGUCGCGGCGGUGUCCCACUCAAUGCUCCGCUGUACCGGGCACGCCGCCCGCCGCAUUUAUUGUGUAACGUAAGGACGCCAAAUAUUCGCGUUUCUAAGUCUGGAUAUUAAUUCGUUCAUAAUAUAUUUGUGCUAGAUCUGUAUUUACGAACACUUUUUCUAUUUACUAUUGUAAGCUCGGACAUCCGAAGAGAUUGCCGUGCCAUCGUACACUCAGUUCGUAAUGUGAUGCUAGCGUAAUGUCCUAAUUAUUGUCCUAGUGUAAUUUUGUGAUUAUUCGACAUUUAUUAUAUUUUAUUGAUAAACUUGGUAUUCGAGAUGUUAAGUAGUCGAUUUGUUUAUACUUAUUGUGUCAUAUCGUAAGUAAGUGCCGUGUAGUGUGUGAGAUAGCAAGCAGUGCCGCGGAGCCGGCCACUGCGCGUGUCAAACGAAGGGAUCAUUGUCUAUACGCCAACUCCCGCUCACUUUAUUGUAGAUGACUUCCUUUUGGAAAUGUAUACAAGUGUUUAUGUUACGCUGCUCAAACUAGUGUCGAGUGUCCGCGAGAUGUUUAUUUAGCCAUUUUAUAUUGAUUUAUUGAGAGUCUCGGCGUACUGGAUAGUCCUAGUGAAUGUUAAGUUAAGCUAGAUCUAAUGUAAUUCCAAUGUAAUCUUUAAACAAUUAAUAGUAGUGCAACCAAAAAGUAAGGUUUUGUAAGAAAACGCCGCAGUAAGCGAUGGCUGUGCGAGUGAUGCGACUGAGACGACCGAUGCGACUGCAUCAAGGAAUGUAACGACGAAUGUAAAAUAAACAUUUAAUUAUCCUUA